CCCAUGUGAAACCGAAAGUAAAGGCCCCCCUGUGUCCCUGAGCGGCGCUCGGUGAUCUCUGGGAGUUUACGGAUCUUUACUGAUUUAACUUUUUUACAGAGAAUCUGGUUGAUGUGAAUCUUUCUGACACACAGUGUUCCCUACUGCCAUGACUUCAGCUCUACCACUGAGAUGGGUUCUACUGAUAUUUAUUUUAGCUGUCAUCCAUCAGGCUUCCUCUGAAUAUUUUUCACUGAAGGUUGAGUCUCCAGUCUCAGGGCUCCUUGGUUCCUCUGUGUCUCUGCACUGUGCUGUCACCAACAACAUGGAUGUUCGACCCAUGGAAGUGCGCUGGUACCGUCCCAAUAUGUAUGACACCCCGGCUCUGUUCUACAAGGACGCACAGAUCCAGAAGAGUCCUGUAGAUGUUCAGUACCAGGGCAGAGUGUUCCUGUUAGGAGAUCUGGAGAAAGGAGACGUCUCUGUGAAACUGGAGAACCUGACACUGACAGAUAGAGGAGACUAUGUAUGUUAUGUGGCCAGUGCUACCUGGUACGAGAAGGCUACAGUGUCCCUCAGACUGAGAGUGGUGGGAUCCACUCCUGUUCUCUCCAUACGUGAAGCAGGAGAAGGGAAGGUGAAUGUUAGCUGUCAGUCACAUGGUUGGGUUCCUGAGCCAUCAAUCACCUGGACAGAUGAAGACGGGAGAGAUCUCAGUAACAACAAGUUCACCAUCAACUCUGUAGGGACUGUAGAUGUGAGCUCGUGGCUGAUUGUGUCUCCCUCUGAGUCUGAGUGGAUCUCCUGCUCUGUGGGUUUGUCUGAUCAGGAGAGAAAAGAAGACAGAAUAAUGGUACACGUCCCUGCACGUGACACAGAGUCGUUGACUGGAUACAUCAUCAUCAUCAUUACUGUUCUUCUGGUGCUGUGUGUCGAGAGUUUUCUCUCUGCUGUAGGUCUGAUUCUCUCCAGGAGAAAAAGGACAGACAGGACAGGAGCAGGAACUCAGUCAGAAACUGAACCUCUGAAUAAAAUCCGUGUGGAGAAUCAGGAUCCGACUGACGCUCCAUCUACAGAUAUAGAUCAAAAUUCUGAGCAAAGUGCAAAGAUACCCCCAACAGCUCCACCUACAGAGACUGAACCUGCUGCCCCUAUCACAAAUACCACACCUGCUGCCCCGACCACUAAUACCACACCUGAUGCAAAUCACAGACCCACUGGACCCGUGUCAGAGAACAGUUACAUGUGUGUGAGAGCAGAGGUCAGUCAGCAGGAAUCAUCUGAACAUCAGAAUCCUGAAACACUGGAAGAUAAAACACACCUUCCAGAGACUGGACCUGCUGACUCCACCUCAGAUAACAGACCCACUCUCACCACGUCAGAGAUCAGUUACAAUUUAGACCAAGUGAAACAAUACAAAGUGAACAUCAGCAUCGACCCAGAGGAAACUCCAGAGUCUCUAAUAUACGAGGGAAAGGAAGUAAGGAGCUCUGCUGUGUACCCUCACUUGGACAUUAACAAUCCUGAUGAGUUUAAAAUCUUCACUCUGUGUAAAGAGAGGUUUCAGGCUGGUAAACAUUACUGGGAGGUGAAACUGAGAGAGUCACAGAAAACAGUAAAAUUCUCCUGGUUUGUUGGUGUAGUGAGUGAUGAAGCUGAGAAAGAGUACAGCGUCCAGUUUACACCACAGGAUGGGUUCUGGGUUCUCUGUUAUGAAAGAGGAGAUAAAGGAGUUUAUAUCAGAGAUCAAACAGAAGUGAUUUCACUCCCAGACGUUAAUAAAGAGCUGACAGCAGUGGGAGUGUUUUUAGACUGUGAUACACACACACUGUCAUUUUAUAAUAUUAAUACACACUCACACAUCUACACUUUCACUAAUGUGGACGUCAGAACAUCACUGCGUCCUCUGAUCAGCCCUGGAGUCAGAGACUCUCAUCCUGUAUGGAUUAUUUAGGAGAAUAAAGACAUCUGUAAUAUGAUGAUGUGUGAGUUUAUAAUGUAUUUAUAUAAAGUGUGUAUACAUACUGUACAUAACACACUCCUAAUUAAAACCAGAGCUUAAAACCAGACAGGAAAAAGGAGAGAUUUGGACUUUAAGUGAGGGACAUGAUGUCCACACCGAGUGUCUCACUAUUACUGCUAAACUGCAGCUGGACUUCUGAUGGCUGGGACUCUUAUAUCGCUUAUUGUGCCGCGUCACCUGGAUUAUCUGCACAUGUUCAUUUACUGUAGUCUCAUUUUAUUGUGACUUUAAACACAGAAAAUAAGACGUGUGGAAAGGAUUUGUUUGUAAAGUUCAUAUAAUGAGGUUUAUAAGUCAUGUGUUUAAUACAUGGAGCAACUGAAUAUUUUAAUAUGAAUGUAAAUUAAAUGUUUCCU